AUGGUCCAGACUACAAGUAGUCUCUUCAAACCAAAACGACUAAGACAAGCUAUGGUGCUGCAACAACUUCUCGAUGAAGCUCAAUCCACUAGCCAAGCCCUUAGCCACCACAAUCCUGGAUCCGCCACUGACCCGACACGUAUUAUAAGCAAGAAGAGGCACUAUAGAGGCGUGAGACGUCGUCCAUGGGGAAAAUUCGCAGCUGAGAUUCGUGACUCAGCACGACAUGGGGCACGUACAUGGCUAGGGACGUAUGAAACUGCCGAAGAGGCUGCAUUUGCUUAUGAUAAGGCUGCUUUUAAGAUGAGAGGGGCUAAGGCUAUUCUCAACUUCCCAGGUCAGGCAGGGUCACACUCGAAUGUCGAAAAGUCUGAGCAAAAUUUAUGUUUUAAGCUACUUGACAAUAAUCAGGGUUCGAGCUCGAGUUCGCUUUCGAGUGAACGAGUUGCUGGAAUUAAAGGUGAAGAGACGCGUGAUAUGGAAUUAAAUGAUUAUCGUCACCUCCUCAAGCUGUAG